CACACACCAUCCAGGAACAAAUAGCUCAGCGACGUGCUCGAGUUUAGACCAGUGCAAUCUAACUACUGACACAAAGGGAGGCUUUCACUGUUACUGGUUUUAUCUUAUAGGCUGCAAAAAAGAAAACAUGUCUGACAACAUGAGUGAUUUGCCGGAGACCCCGACCCAGACAGGUCCAAAAGGAGUCAUCAAUGAUUGGAGAAGGUUUAAGUUGGAAAGUAUGGACCAGGAAUCUUUGCCAGCUGCCAAAAGGGAACUGCUGAGACAAAUGUCCUCCCCGAGUAGACCAAAAGAUGAUGCCAGAGCAAACAUUAACCGCAAGAUGAGUGUCCCAGAAUAUGAGCUGCUUAAGGAGGAGGAUGAGGGGUGUUUAAAGAAAUACAGAAAACGAUGCAUGCAGGACAUGCAUGAUAAACUCAGCUUUGGGCCCAGGUUUGAAGGUGUGCAUGAGCUGGACAGUGGUGAGGCCUUCCUAGAAGUCAUCGAGAAAGAGCAUUACAGCACAGUGGUGGUUGUCCACAUCUACAAGGUCGGGGUUAAAGGUUGUGAAGAGCUCAACAGCUGCCUGGAUUGCCUGGCCAUUGAGUACCCCACUGUAAAGUUCUGCAGGAUUGAUGCUGUCGCAUCAGGGGCAAGCGAGCGGUUCUCAGAUGAGGUGCUGCCUACGCUUCUGGUCUACAAGGCUGGAGAACUACUAGGGAACUUCCUGGCCUGCACACAGCACCUAACUGAGGAGUUCUUUGCCACUGAUGUGGAGGCCUUCCUCAACAGCUAUGGCCUGCUUCCAGAAAAAGAGUUGCCUGGUAUGGAAGAUGAAGAAGAAAACGAUGUAGAGUAAACAGUUUGGCUGCUGAGGAAGACAUGAAGCUGUUUUGGAUUGGUUGGACAGAGGGCAAUAAAAGACAAUAUUACAUAAGACAAAAAUAAAAAUAUCAUAACAUCUCCACUAGCUCCACUAGCUAGUUUGAGAAUUGUUCUCUAAAUGAUAAAUCUUACACGCAGUUGGGGCAGAAACCUUGCUACAAGUGCUCGCAAAUAAGAGUGUGGGUUACAGGACAUGGGGUUUGCAUGUGUGAAAAUCAUAUUUUCCUCAUAACCACCCAAGUAAAAGCCCAAAACAGUUACCUGUAAUAUAAUAUAAUUGCAAUGUCUUAUUUUGUAAUGAUAGAUAAGAAUAUUACAUGCGUAUGUACCUGUACUUAAUGUAAACCCAUUUUUUGUAGCAUUUCUUUGGUUGAUCUGUAAACAAGCUAUUUAUAAAUCCAGGGUUUUACAAAGUGACGUCGUCAAAUGUAAAACAAUAUUUCAACAAGAAUAUACUUCUGUUCUCUGCGACGUUUUUUUGCUAAAUUUAUAGAUAACAAGCUACAAAGGCUAAACAGGACAGGACCCCUUAAGGAUUAAGAGGCCAAAGCACUCUGGAUGUGGAAACGCUUGUGUUCCAUCUGACGCACCUGCAAAAAACAUCCAUGAGUCUCUAGUUUAUUACUAUGAUCAGUGAGGAGUUUUCCAUGUCUGUUUUAUGUGUGUUUUGUGGAGAAAGUGAUCAAAGUACACUUAAAAGGAAACCAUGAGUCUUCACCAUGAUGUUUUCUUGUGUAAUAUAACUCGGCAUGGCGGUCAAUAGCACUUUUGUCAUAUUUGAUUUUGUCUUGGGUUGUCUUUACUAUUUUAAACAGUGUACUUGAUUAUGUUAAGGCCGAGCCGACUAUACAUUUGAAUAAAAAAUAAAAUUUGAUAAAAAC